AUGAAAGAAAUCAUAUGUCUACAUGUUGGUCAAGCUGGUUGUCAAAUAGGUCAUGCUUGUUGGGAAUUAUUUUGUCUUGAACAUGGUAUUCAACCUGAUGGAACAUUACCAUUGAAUUGUUCAAUAAAUGAAUCUGAUCCAUCGAUAUUAACAUUUUUUGAAGAUAUUGGACAUAAAUAUACACCACGAAUGCUUUAUAUUGAUUUAGAAACAACAGUUCUUGAUGAAGUACGUACUGGUACAUAUAGACAAUUAUUUCAUCCUGAUAGAAUUAUAUCUGGUAAAGAAGAUGCUGCAUCAAAUUAUGCUCGAGGUUAUUUUACUAUUGGAAAAGAACUUAUUAAUCAUGUACUUGAUCAAAUACGUCGUAUUACUAAUCGAUGUCAUUCAUUACAAGGAUUUAUUAUUUUUCAUAGUUUUGGUGGUGGUACUGGUUCUGGUUUUACAUCUCUUCUUAUGGAACAUUUAAAUAUUGAUUAUGAAAAAAAAACACAUCUUGAAUUUGCUGUUUUUCCAUCACCUAAAUUAUCAACUAUUAUUACUGAACCAUAUAAUACAAUUUUAAAUACUCAUAUUGGUUUAGAAUAUGCUGAUUGUGUAUUUAUUGUUGAUAAUGAAGCUUUAUGGGAUAUUUGUACAAAUUUACUUGAUAUAAAAAAAGGAAAUUUUGUUAAUAUUAAUCGUCUUAUAUCACAAGUUAUAUCAAAUAUAACAGCUGGUAGCCGUUUUAAAGAUGGAAAUACAAUAGAUUUUAUUGAUUUUCAAACAAAUCUUGUACCAUUUCCACGUAUUCAUUUUCCUUUAGUUAGUUAUGCACCUAUAUAUUCAAUUGAAAAAGCUUAUCAUGAACAAAAUGAUACACAAUUAUUAACACAAGAUUUAUUUCAUAGAAAUAAUCAAAUGAUUAAAGUUGAACCAUCAACAGGAAAAUAUAUGUCUAUUGCAAUUAUAUAUCGAGGUGCAAUAUCACCAAUAGAUAUUAAUCAUACAAUUAAUAGAUUAAAAAAUGAUAGAAAAAUUUCAUUUGUUGAUUGGUGA